AUGACGGAUUUCAAAAACAAUUCUCGCUCUUUUACAAACCGCCGAGAUUUGCGGUCACGUGACAUGACACCCCCGCGAGGAGCUUCGAAAGAACCAAAAGACACGCAUGCGUCCGGCUCCUCAGAAUCGUCCGUCAAAAUGGCGUUAACUUGUAAAGUUCAGUAUUUGGACGAUACGGAUCCAUUUGCAAGCACAAAUUUUCCUGAGCCAACACGGCCUCCGACGUACACGUUUCACUUGAAUAUUCCACUUUUCCAGCAAAUCGCCGGCCUUCAUCGAUUGUUAUCAGCGCCUCACAGUGUACGCCGCUAAUUUUGUUGUUUACGUCUUCAGCUGAGCUUGGAAUAUUUUCUAAAGUUGUUAGGUGUUUGCGUUCGAUUUGUUUUUAAUGAUUCUGGUCAUUUAUUGGUAUAGAUCGAUGAUGUAGCUUUGCAACUGUCGCAUAACGGAUGCUACUUGGACUUAGAAAGCUCGCUUGAGGAACAAGCCGACAUGUUGGAGGGAUUUUUAGACAGGUUUGAGAAGGCUUGCUUUUAUUUUAGCUCAAGCUUAAUGCCAUGGAAACUUUAAGUGUCUCUAAAGCCACUGUUUUAUUCUGUAGGAAUUAGGCUUGCUUUUUUUAUUAUUCUGCUCGUAAACUAAUUACUUCUUUUCUUUUAUAGCCGCAAAAACACAAUAAUUCUGCGAACAGCCCUCUCUGUUCGAGUACACAACUGUAUAGGUAAGCCUAGUAAAAUUAAACCUACCGCAAUAGAUGGCUUGCAAAAUGUUUCUGUUCGUUACCUUUAAAAUGUCCAUUUGCACCUUUUGGCUGUACAUGGACGCAUAUUUUGAAAAAAAUUGUAGCCAUUGCGUGUAGAGAACGGGGACGAGGAAUUUUGAUUUAAAUAGAGUCUAAUAAUAUUAAACUAGCUGUCUGAUCCUUUUCGAAUUUUAUCAAGCACACACAAAACCCUUGCCAACUGUUCCAAAACUAAGUUACUUGUUAUGAGUGAAAGUCUCUUUAAGAUUUGUCGAAUACUUAGAUAUAACGUUUAGAGUUUGCCGUUUUGGCUUUUGGUCAGGUAACAACGCGAAAUCUCUGCAAGGCGCUAGGUUACUUCGCUAAUGAUUGCUUGCCGUUUGUACAGCAUGCUGGCAUUUGAAGUAGCUAGGUUAUGUUACUGUUUGCCAGCUUAUUUGGGUCAAUAAGUCAACAGACGGCUAGUUAGAAUUUUGCGAUUUCCGUUGUCUUCUCUGAGCUUUGGAAUAGUACAAACAAAUAAAACCUAAAACAAUCUUGUUGUUAGUCAAGCCGGUAACUUCCAAUCUUUGACGGGAAGUUUUCACCUAGCGCGUUACGUUUUUCAAGGGUAAUUUGCAUAAAAAUAGGUUUGUAAUCUCCGCUUGGAGCACUGAUCAGUUUACUCGCGGGAUAUUUACUUUGAAUGAUCUGUAUGGCUCCUGUGCGUGAGAUGUGAUUGUUCGUGACUUCUUUCUUCCCUAGCGAGUUUCAAAGGCACGUUUGGUCGAUGCACUGUGAAUGAACAGCAAGACCCAAAUAACGUACGGGGUUGAUUUCGUGUUGUCCGUUUCAGGGUCAUGCUGAUUUCACCCUAAUGGUUGAGCUAAUUCUUUUAAGUGAACUUUUGAUGACUCAUCGCGAGAAAUUUAGUCACAACACCAUUUUUAGUCAAAGACUCCAUUUUUGCUAUCUCCUGUUUGCAUGCUUUCGUGGCAAGGCAGACCAUUUUCGGGUCCUGUUUUGAAUAGACUUUCUUUUGGUGAUUAUUCAUGCGAGACAUGACUGACGAUGAAUAACUGUGGGCCUUAUUUGUCCUGGAAACAGUGUAUUGUUGUUCAUGCGUGUGUGUGGAAUUGGUGAAAAUUUGUCUUGUAUUACCAAUCUUCCGCUGUCAUCAAGUGGUCAUGAAUAAUUGUAAGACAAACCAAAAGCUUUCAAGUUUAUUAAGGAAACUGAUUGAAAAUGGAACGCAUCAGUUGAUUAUUUUCAUAUUUUGUUGCUUCCGGUCUUUUGUAGAAUGAAAUAUUCUUCUCAGUAAGCCUUCUCAAAAUGCUAGUUUUUGACAGAGGGUAAAGAAAGCCAGUGCAAACUAGUCAAAUCUACGCAAGUUUUUGUUAUUAAUAAAAAAAAGAGCGAUCUCUUCAAUUUCACUGAUUAAAAAAAAAUUCAGAAAACAGUAGAAUCGUUAUUUUGAGAGAAUUUAAAAAGAAUGUUUAAUUCAACCGUUUCUGGGGGAAAAAUUAUGGAAUUAUUGUGUUUUGUUCAGAACUGUGUACAUGGCUGGAGAUUUUUUCUAAUCAUCUAGUGUCCCAGUAUUAAAGUGAAAAGUAUUUUCUUUUGAUGUGGCCUGCAGAUGAAAUACUGGAAAUAUUAACUGAAUAAAGGCAGAUUAUUUUUAACUUGACACAAUUUUAUAUAAAAUGUCUAUUCUUAGAUAAGUAUUCUAAAAACACUUUGGUAGUUUCCUGUAUAGAAAAUACCCAAGUGACAAAGCUUUGCACCCUGAAUUAAUAGUGCAGUUGUACAGAAUAUUUUGGAAAAUUAGCCUGUAAAAAGAUCACAAUAAAUUCCCAAAAAUGUGAAAUAUAUUUGAAAGAUGAGACGAAACUGAUGGAUGAAGACAUUCAAAAAGAAAUUUUCAAAAUGUCUGGAAAUUAAAAUAAUUACCACAAAAGGUUAAAGUAUAUACAUUUGAAGAAUUAAGAAAGUUUUCAAAACAUGUCAACUAUCAUAGUUUUCAUGCUCUGUCUAAUUUUAUGCUAAAGAAAAGUGGAAAAUUAAUUCAUGUUUUAGUUAUUAUAUGAAAAGUAUUCUGUAUAUUUUUGUGAAAAUUAGGAUUGCUAUCCUAGGUAUAGAGCCUAUUUUCCAUAAAUAAGAAAGUUUGCAAAACGACAUAAAAGCAUGCGUUUUCUGUUCUAAAAAAGUGUUGAGAUUACUGAAACAUGCAAAAAGUAGAAAUGUAUGGACUAAACAUGCAAGUAACCAGUUUCCGUAAACUUCUAAUUUUGGAGGGAUUGGGAGGCAGUGUGACAAAACAGCAAUGUUUGAAAAUAAAUGUCUCAUUGGCAUAUCAAAAUGAAAGUACUAUUUUAUUCAUGGGUUUGUUUUUAGGGCUGUCAUUGAGAUCUAGGGAGGGGUGGGGGAAGGUUAGGGGUUUCCCCCCCCACUAUGAGAAAUGUGAUCCCCAGCUACUUUCAUGCUAAAAUUGAGGAAAAGUAAAACCUAUAGAAAUUCCUAGUUGUUUGAUUAACCGGCUACUUGUUAUAUGUACCUGGCAACUCGAAAUCUUAGUGACAGCCCUGUUUUUGUUUCUUUCAAAAUUAAUAUUGAUGAUUUAGUUAUUCUGUUUAUAAUAAUAAUUAACAUUAGCCAGAAAUGUGUACUUCAAAAUUUUUACAUAAACGUAGUUGAGUUAGAUUGGUUCGAGCGCCAGCUUGGACAAUGUAGAUUCUCCCUUGCCAAUCACCUUAUUCUAUCAUUGUCGUUCUGAGUUUUCUGAUACUGGCGAACCCAGUGUCCACAAGAAGUGUAUGUCUGAAUGUGGUGUUAGGUUUUCCUUUCUUAGAUUGUCCAUUAUACAUAGGGGUCAUAAUUGAUAUUGUGUUGUACAUUGAUAUAAUUAUGUUAUAUAAAUAUUGAUAGCAUGCAAAUGCUGUGUAAUCCACAAUAUAAAAUGAAGGCAUCAGUUAACAUCUGCAGUGUUAUACAAAUUACCAAAAUUAGUGUCUGCAAAUUUAAACAUUUGCAGCAGUGUCCAGGUGUGAUUUUUUUAUGUCAGUGGAUUUCGGCAUGUUUUUCUUCUGCAAUUUUUUUUAAAACCAAUUAAGUGUUUUCAAAUACUACCGCUAAUCUGAUACAAUGUGGCCUUUUGUUCAAGCUCUCUCUGAAGACACCAUGAAGUAACAUAAUCCUAUUAAUGUCAAAGUUAUUUUGGGAUUUCAAAAACAAAGUAGUUUGUAGGUGUCCUUACCUAUGAUAUUCCAAUCAAAGAGCCAUUUUUAAUAAGUUAAGCAUCAGCAAGAUGAAACAAGGAUGAAUAAAGAUUCACAGUGUGUGAUUUAGCAACAACAAAAGAAACCAACAGUGGUAUGAAAACCAUUACAAUUUUCCAGAAACCAACCAAUGAAAAAGAUAGACUACAGUUACCCCUAUUUUGCUGGUCUUAAUUAGUUAUAGUAAGUAGUUCAUAAGGUGCAAAACAUUAAAACAAAUUUUGUUUUGACUUCACAAUUUUUUUGAGUAUUCCUUGUCGAUGUUCUCACGGUGUUGUCUUGCUUAGCUAAUCCACAGCGUACACAUGCAUGGCAUUGUUAAUAAUCAUCUACCAUAAGGGAAUGGGCAUUCCUAAAAAGAACUACCUAUGAAGCUUAAGGGGAGACAUGGGCCAACUGAUACCAUUUACAUCAGGCAUCAUUCGCGUUACAUUGCAUAUUCGACAUUGUGCAAUUCUUUAGUAUGCUGUUGCCUAUGAACCACCAAUGAAAUAUUAUUUCUUUGUUUACAUGUAGUGCUUGUCCCUCUACAUCUCUGACAAAUCUUUAUACAUUUUUUUUUCAUGAAAAUGUGUAUGUUAUUAUGUAUGUCCAUGGAGACUCAUCUGAUCAAGGAAACUAGAAAAACAAAUAUAAUAUAAUAAUGUGAAUUACCUAGAAAUCAUUUUAUUUUAUGUAUGUGAAUGGAUUUUAUAGGUAGAGUAACCUGCUUGUACAUUGCAAGCUCGAUGUAAUGAGCUGCCAGAGAUGGGUAUAUAUUUUGUAUUUGUUAUAACAUGGUACGGUAUGUUGUUGUAGCCUGGGUCAGGGAAUAUCAACCAUACGUGAGCGUGAGUUUAUUGUCAGGAGAAACAGUUCCGACACCCCUGAGUUGUUUGUUUUAUAGAGAAUUAAUUUGAAGUUCCACUGUAAUGCAUGUGUUAAGCUGACAGCAAUCAUUUCAAAAGUGACAUUCGACAUGAGUUAACAUGCUCACUUCGAAAUCUUUUUCUCUUACAGCAAAACUGCUUGCUGCUUCAGGCAGAGAACUUAGAAGGUCUUUAUUUUCCUUGAAGCAAAUCUUUCAGGUAGGGUUCUAUUGUAUGAGGAAAAGAAAGAGGGAAACAUUAUAAGUUAAAAUUAUGACUUUCCAAUGGUGCACAAGCUCCUAUCCUUAUACAUGAUUGUGCCGGUGUACAUACAUGUAGGUGUGAGUCUUAUGGCUAUGAAUUUUAUGCAAAUUCACAGAGAAAAAUUAUUGAUCUUCCUGGUUCACAAAAAGGAUGUAUAUGUUGUGCUUUAUUUUUAUCCCUGGUUUAAAUUUUAUUUCCCUUGGGGUAUGGUAAUUUAUGAUAAUGAGUUUAAACAAAGGGAAACAAAAUUUAAGCCAAUGAUAAAAUUGAACCACAACAUAUAGUAUAAAUUAAUUAGUUCCACCCUACAUAGAUGCAUGUGUAGCUAAGACAAGGCCUAGAUGAGUUAAAAUGUUGGCAUUUUAACUUUGUCUGUGAACAUUCUACAGGACGACAAGGACCUUGUGCAUGAAUUUGUCAAUUCUGAUGGCUUGAGUGCUCUGAUAUCUGUAGGACAGGAUGCUGACCAAAACUAUCAGAACUACAUCCUCAGAGGUAAUCAAACAAUAAAAAAUUGACUUUUAUUUUGAAUACAAAUACUUAAUUAUGCCUUCUCAGGAAGAAUAAAACAAAUAAUUCAAAUGCAACAUAACAUGGUUAAGAAUCCCAAUUGGUAGGAGGCAAACCACUUGGCUACAUUACAAUGGUGGCCAAGGUUUUGAUUUCGGGGCCACCGAGAGUAAUUCCUUAAGCUAGUAGGCAGGCUAGCUACUCGGGGCCUCUGGAUUACAAGCUCAGCUCUAUAACCACUUAGCCACACUUCCUCCUUUCAUAAGGAAACAUUAUAAUUUGUUGUUAUUUAUAUAUAUUGUGUACUGUCAUUGCCUGCGGUUUAUAGGCUGAUUAAUGAUUAUAGGGCUUAUACUAGAGUCAAAAUAAUGUUUCGCAUACAUCCAAGACUGUGUUCUCACAGUGUCUCUAACAGUUCCUGGGGGCCUUAGCUGACUAACGUUUGCCAUUUGGGCAAGUGGAAAAACAUACUCUGUUCCUGGGUACUACGCAGGAUUGCAUCCCUGAGAGCUUUAGCAGGGCUUCUCUCGGGUCAGUCUAAUAGCACCUCCACAUGUGCAUGGGGUGCAAUUCAGCAAUUUAUUGUCCAUCUGGAUACAUCUCUGUGUCAAAGUUGUCAUUUAUUAAUCUCUUUUUCUUGGCUUUAACAACAAAACAUUUAAUCUUGCCUGGGCUUUUUGAAAACACUAAGUUCUGUUUUCAAGAUGCGGGUGGGAGAAAUAAACAUUUGAGAUGAUGAUUUCAAAUAUAACAAUGAUGAAAUUAUUGUUUACAGCCAUUGGACAGAUUAUGUUGUAUGUGGAUGGAAUGAAUGGUGUUAUUAACCACAGUGAUACUAUCCAGUGGCUUUAUUCCCUCACAGCCUCCAGAGUAAGUAAUUAUACAUACUAACCUUAGCUUUAAUUAUUCUUUAAAAUUUUAUACAAAGUUGUCAUCAGUUUUAUUAGUGAACAUGUUAAUAAUCAACAACAGUCAAAAUGUUCCAGGUAAAAUGUGAUUUCAGGUUAAUUUUGAUUUAACAUAGGUUGAUUUUAGGUUAGAAAUUGAGAAUCAACCUAGGUUAAAAAAUUUUAACCUGAAAUCAUAUUAACCUGUAACAUUCAUAUGCAUUUUUGUGAAUGAGCGAAACAGUGGACCAAGACGAAGUUCAGGUCAAUAAAAACACAAAAAUGAAUGACGCUAAUAUCAAGCCAUCUUGACUGAACAAGAUAGUGCAACCAAUCCAAGAUCCUCCUGCAAUGUUGACUAGAAACGGAAACCACUGACUGUUUAGUUCUAAUCUUUUUUCAUUUUUUUUUUCUGUUGUGUAAGCUGCUGCGAGCCACUGAUUGGUCCAUUAGGUGUCAAAUGUAGUAAUUUUUUUCUAUAUUUGAACUACACUGUAAAUACUUGUACUUCGCCUUCUUGGCUAUUGUUCAUUUUAGCAUGUUAUAUAAAAAAAAAUGCAGGAAAUCCUGAUGGGGCAAGAUGUGUCCUCCUGGAAAUUGUGCAUAAUUUGCUAAUAUUAUUCACACUCUACCAGAAGGCCUGUAAGGAGGUUUGACAGUUAUAAAGUCAACUCUCUUUGGAGGGAAACCUCCUACAAUGGACGCCUAGAGUUGAUCACUGCCAUUUUUCAGUCCUUUUCUUUCAUUCCCUGUAGUAAGGCACCUGUGCAAGAGGUAUACAUAAUCCCAGGUGCAAUGAUCCACUUCAUAGAGAAUGGACUGUAGUUUGAGAUCUUAAUGCCUAAAAAUCAAAACAAGGGCAUUUGAGUCACAGAGUAGGUCUUUUUUUUUAAUAACAUUUAUUGGUUACAACACUUCUAAUGACAAUACUUACAUUUACAUGGAGGAAAAAUAAAAAUAACGUACAAGAAAUAAUGGAAAAAUACAAUGUUACAGCAUUUACAACUAAUUAAGCCUAAAGAAAUUUACAAAAUUAGCUACUAUUUGCAAAAUUGCAAAAUAAAACAUGAUACAACAAAAACAUAAGGAGUCUGUCCUACCAAGUAAAAGGUGCUUUGCAUUCGCAUUUGUUUGUGCAUCACUUUUAACUUUUGGAACUUUUGGAAUUAUUUAAUAACAGCAAGUUUAUUUGUCCAAGGGGCAAAGUUUAAGAGGACAGAGUAGGUUUACUGUUAAUGCGAAACUCUGUUUUCUUGUCUUCAGUUUCGACUUGUGGGAAAGACAGCUCUGAAACUUCUUCUGGUGUUUGUGGAGUAUACAGAAUCUAACUCAAAGGUGUUGUAUGAUGCAGUUCAAACAGUGGAUAGUAAUCAAGGUAUGCUAAAUAGAUAUUUUUCUUGAUUAUUAUUCUCCACUAUCCCCUGUCUUAAAAGUUUAAUGUGACUAACUAUCAUUAAGGCAAAGUUAAACUCAAGCGAGUUGGCCAGUGGUCUUCUCCCACUCCAGUAUGUGACCUACAGGGCAGCCCUUGGGGAAUUGCAGGGCUCCUUGUGUGCUCUUUUGCUAGUGUUGCGUUGCAUUGUAAAUUUGCUUGCUGAUCAAAGCGGAUCAAUUUUUGCCUUCUUGCGAAUCAUUGCUCUUGCUCUCUCUCCUACCUCCCUGCUUGGUGGUUUCGUAAGUAUUUUCUUGGAUUAGUGUUCUCUUAGGUAAGUAUCUCCACUGAAUUUCAUUCAGUGUGACGGUGCUGGUUAGUGGCUGCUCUUGGGGUGGUUCCUGCUUCCAGCGUUGCCAUGGAUAUCUUCUCUCUGCUUAUUGCGUUUGGCUCCCCACUAACCUUUAAGGCACCUGCUCCCAAGCUCAUCAUUAGUGAUGAGUUUUAUUCCAAAUGAUCAAAUGCCAUCCUAUUAAAGUGAGCAGUGGCCAUACUAACAGGGUUUUCUUCUUAUUGCUGUAAAACAUGUAAUUUGUUGGUAGGCUGGCAUUUGCCAAUAAUCAGCCUGAAGUUUGUCAACAAUGGACCAUUGCUAUCCAUCUUGUUAGUAACCAUUUGGACUUUUUUGGCAACUUGGAAACUUGCACUAUGGCCUGUGUCACAGAUGUAAUCUAAGUUCACCGGUUAUUAAUGUCUGCAAAGCAGUGCAGAUAUCCUUGUUCUGGCCCCCUAUAGACUCAGCAAUUACUGGAAGUGUGUUUCGAAUUUCCUUUCAACCUGAUUGGCAAAUUGACAAUGGCUUUUUUAACAGGCCAAUCAUGGCACGUACUCAAAUCCUUGUACACAGGUGGGGGCUCAGAACAAGGAUUUCGGCACUGUUUAAAAGACGGACUUAACCAGAGUUUAGGUUCGUCUGUGACGCAGGUUAGUUGCACUAUGGAUUGUUAACAUUUCUUGCUCCUUGUUUUUUAACUGAAAGGGUUUUUGUGUCCUAAUAGGUGUCAAGGACUGGCAAGAAAUCAUAGGAAUAAUGACAGACAAAGAAUCACAGGCUGAUGAGGAGAUUCUCAUUUACGCUAUGACACUCAUUAAUAAGGUAGGAUCAAAGCUUCAUCAUAAUAUUAUUUUGUUGUGACAAAAAAAUGGUCUUUGGUUAGAACACCUCAUUCCAGUGAAAGAAAGUUUGUAUUAAAUUGGAAAUCCUGGUUUCCAUUUUGCCUGUCCAAUCAAAAUAACUGGAAAGUUCUUUCAAUUUUUUAAAGCCACACUCAGCAACACUAGUUCUGAGAUGACCAUGGUUAUGAGUAGAACACUUGUGUGGUACAAAUAAUUAUACUUUGAUUAUAUUGGAGCUUCUCAGGUCCUUGCACUGAAGGUCAUACAGUAAACACCCGCAUAUAAGAACACAUGAUUUCGGAGGUCAGGCUGAUUGAUUUCUUAUUUAUCGGGUGCUUAAUGACAAAUCAGUCUCAAAAUGUUCUCAAAUUUUUAUUUAGUAAUACUACCCAAAACGUGUUGCUAGAGUUAUAUUUAGCAUAUUUUAGGAAAAUAAAAUAAGUAAUUAUUCUGUAAUUUGAUUAUAUUAACAAAUGAAGUUAUCUGACAGCAAACAUAAACUUACAUGUUUUGUAAUUAUGACACUUUUUCCAUUUUAUGAGAACAUGUUACAAUUUUCAGGGUGAUCUUGUUCUUAUAAAAAUGGGGCUUUAUUGGCCAAAUUUCAGCCUGGUGUUCUUAAUCCAUUUGUUCUUAUAUGCGGGUGUUUACUGUAUUCUGUUUUACAUGUUUAAUGGAUUUGAUCAUUAAUAUCAUUCAUUUCAGGUUCUUUAUGCCACCCCAAGUCAAGAUGGAUUUUAUGACAUAACAGAUGCACUUGAAGAACAGGGAAUGGAGCAGAUUAUCAAGGUAAAAUUUAUGGGCAAAUCUAGAGCGGAACCAACGGUCUAUGCCACCCCCCCCCCUCCUCCACCCCUACUCCCAACACAGCUUUUCUUGAAAAUUUAUGUUUCAGUUGUAAAUAGUUUUAAGCAAAAUGUAUCUUCUAAAACGUUAAUUUCCGGUCACUACUGCUCUCCACUACCAACAUGAUAUAUCAAAGCCAUAUGCCAACCAAAAGUAUCGUUUAACAAGAAGAAAAAGAAGUUUAAUUUUUUGGUUACAUACAAUGUCUGGUUACAGAUGCAUCAGAAGAAAGCAGGUACAAAUAUUGAUUUGAUGGAGCAGUUCAAUAUUUAUGAGGUAAGUGUUCAUAUGUAGAUGUUCUGUUGAUGAGAAUAAUGACCUUUUUGCACCACGCAAUAUUAUUUUUGUAACUAGUGUUCUGAUUGUUUUGAUUAUCAUGUUAUUCAAACCUUUUUUAGUCAACACAUUGUUGUAGUCAACUGCAUCUAGUUAAAAGUUUGUUUCAAAUUUUUGUUGCAAUCAGUAUUGAACAUAUCGAAAGAAAUGAGAUGGAAUAGAAAAAAUGAACAGAAAAGUAAAAUGUUAUAAAAUAAAACACUCUCCUAGCUGUCAUAAGCUACUUUGCCUUAUGAUGAUGAUGAUGAUGAUGAUUUCAAUUCCAUCUUCUGUUUCACGGUUACACCCAGCAAUAGAGAGUCGCGUUUACUGCAAACGGCAAACGGCAAACGUGAAUUUGUACCAGAAGACUAAGUUUUCCCUUUACGCGUCGUUUACCGUUCAUUACUCCCUUUCAAAAAUGAGUAGCUUCACGCCAGUUUUAUCCUUAAAAACUGUUGUGAACAGUUUUUAUCUGCUCAUUUUCUAUUUAGAGAAAUUCUCAACUUGAAAGUGACGUUUGCUAUUUGCCGUAGACGUGACCGUAAAUUUCUCGAAUAUCACCAUUGCUUGAGGUACUAGUCCACGUGCAUGUCACUAACAUACGCCCUAAUGUAGUUUGUACUUUGUUUAUUUUAAGACGGCCCUCCGGAUUGAGGAUGGCGAUGAGGAAUUUCCUGCCUUUGGAAGCUCACCUUCAAUAAGGUAUUGCAUUAACUUCAAGUCAUAACAAAGGUAUAACCCUUUUGAUUUUAGACCAUGUUAUGGCACCACACAAUACUAAGUGGUGUUUAAGUCAAGAGCUGCCAAUCAACAGUCAUCGAAUGCUACGUUGCUACACCAUGGUGAUCUUAAAGGAUUGCACCUUAAUGGCAUAUUUUGGGUAGUGCAGUUUUUUGUAAAGAUUUCAUGCCAGACAUCUUGAUUUCCACGAAAUAGCUAAAGUACCAUAGUUAUCAUGCGCUCUUUACAAUAUUUGUUACGUACUUUUUUGCUACUACGAAGACCAGCCACUUCAAACAAUGAUUAGCUUGUAUGCAGAAGUAUCUAAAAGUUUUAUCCCAAAAAAGAUAGUCUUUGUUGCCUUUUAGCAUAUCCCAUCAUUACUCACACGUUAGAAAUGUUUUUCAGACAACACAUUGUACAGUCCAUCCUCGCGCGCAAAUGAUUGAUUCAUUUCUAACAAAUGACUUCUCUCCUUAGACAAAGAAAGAGAACAGCGGCGUUUGGCACAGGUAAUAAACUUAGAAGGCAAACAAGUGUUUUUUUCCCAAAAUCGUUAUUGAUCAGGAAAAGUAAAGUAAGACUAAAUUUAUUUUUUAAAAGGUCUUGUUGGCCUUGAUUUCAGGCUCUCUGAUUCUGAAAAAAAUGCUCUGCUGGAGUUGUGUUGUAGUUUUAUUCAGUUCGGUACUGGUAGUAAGCACACACUUCUGCUUAUACUAGGCUGUUCCGCCUUAUAAACGCCCUAAGGAUCGUACCAAUGAACCCAGAAUCCGAGGUCUGGCACUUAGGGAUAAUUUAUUUGUGGUUCGGUGCAGGAACGUCUCAUCAGCUGCGUUAACACCCGUCCUGGUUGUUUAAAAGUUCAAUGAUGCGAUCAACCAAAAAUAUACAUGAAAUACGUUGAGAGGUUAUAGACCCUUUAAAAGGAAGGAUGGCAAUCAUGAGGAUUCCUGUAGUUUUCCUUUGAAAUGCUUGCAAUGCCCUUCUCCCUUUCACUAAAAGUGCACAGAAGAUUACUUAACAAUUGUCUAAGACAACGUUCACGUUUAACGUCGUAGGCGACAGAAGGCGUAGUCGGCGGCAUAACUCCAUCAGCCAGAUCGAUGUUUCAUACAUCACAAAAGGCAGUCAUUUGGCACCGCCUGGUGCUCAAAGUCGAGAUGGCUUACACAAGGUAGCAAGUGCUCCAAAUGUGGGAACAGCGGUGAAAGUAGAACCCCCCGCGUCGCCUGUUAAGACAUCAGCUAGUACCACUCCAUCUUCUUCAACAGAAAGUGAAAUCGACGAGAAAGAAAGAAGUCGGUUGGCAAGGAAGUAUGUAGUGCACACACACACAAAUAAUUAUUGUAAUUGCAAGCUCGGUUUUUGUGCCAUUUUUAUGGCGUCAAGCGCUUGAAAAUCCAACUGAACUUAAGUGUUUGUGUUCAUGGUCUUGCCAGAUGGUUUUACACCAGUACAUGAAAGCUGUUAGCAAGGUGUCUUUGGCUUAGAAAGGGUGCGAACCUUGAAAAUGUUGUACCAGCGGAAAAAACAUAAACAAAAACAUCAUUUUGCGGGUUACUCCAGCUACCUGGAGUGAGUGACCGCGGCGGACUGCGCAAAGGGAUCAACGCAGGCUAACUACGGCUUUUACGCAAAACUUCCUAACAAAUGAUUCUGAAAUUAAGGUUGAAGAGCUGAAAAAAAAAUCUUUUUUACAGGGAGCGUCGCGCUGCCAGACGAGCCGCUCUUGGAUUAACUGAACCCGAAACGAACGAAUCUACAAAUUCUAGGAAGAACGAAAGAACUACUAGGCAAAGAGCGGAUAGUAAAGGCAGCAAUAAUGAUAGAAGUCAUUUAGAGGUAACUUCACCAGUUAAUGACAGUCGACCCCUCUCACCGCGCUCAUCACCACGCCCAUCACCUCGGAGCUCCCCAAGAUCUUCCCCGACUCAACGAAGAAAUUUCAAGUUUGAGGAACCCAAAACAGAAGGUGAGUGCGGAGUAGAGUGAAUCCGUUCGCUUUAGGCAAGACGUUUCUUCAUUUAAGUAGGUUUCUAUGCUUUAAUUGUUGUGACGGCCCUGCAGAGACGGCCUCGUGUUUGACCUUAUUUUAUGGAGUGGUUUCAAAUGAUUAUGGAUAGAAGUACUUCACGCUUGCUUUGGUUUAAUACUUCGCUUCGCUUUCUCGUCCUCUCUGUGUUAGAAAUCCGCUUGAGGCCUGCCUGGCCCCGCUUGUUCAAAAUUUGCUGAACACUUUUAAUCGGUGAAAUCAUUAUGCUGUAGAUAUGUGUCAGGAAAACCAAUGAUAGCACUUACACCUUUUAACCCUUUAAGCCUCAAGAUCCACAUACAAAUUCUCCAGACUGAUCUCCAUACAUUUCUUUUAAGAAUAGUUGAGAGAAUUUGGUUUAAGAUCAAAGCAUUCUCCCUUUAGUAAUUAUCAAAGCAUUAUCCCUUUAGUAAUUCUUAUAACCUUUACUCUUGGUGAUCUGCUGAUGAUGUUAGGAGAAAAUUGAUGUUGGUAGGUCACUCUUAGAACCUAAAGGGUUAAACACUGGCUAAGUAAGCCUCAUGCAAUUGGCGAGAGUAAUUUUUUUCCGGUUUUUAUUUUACGAAACUCUUUUGAAAACUGCUUUAUCAUUUGACGACGUUCAUUUUCUUUUCGUAGGCAUAGGUUCUUUUCUAUUCUCUAUCGCUCCGCUCAGCCGAAUAGAAAAUAUUUCUGUUAUAAGUAUGAACAGACAAAAGAACCCAAUGACACAUGGAGGGAGCCGCUCGCAGUCGAGUUUAAGAAAAACGAAUUAAAAUUACAACAAAACCACCGAAAUAAAGGAUACAUCAAGAAAUAAAGUUACAAAGCACUAAGAAUGGCUGGUUGUAAAUUAUAACAUAAAAACUAAGAAGAUAUGCUAAACAAAAAAAAUACAAAGUGAAAGGAGUGAGAUAAAUAAGCGCGAUGCAACAUUUAAUGUUGAAACCUAGUUGCAACAUUAGAUAAUCCUUAUAUAAGAAAAGGAAAAAAGCAGCCACGAGUAAACUGUUGGGCGUCAAGCGGUGUGAAAUUUACAAGGAGGGGUUUAUAAAGGGUCUAAUGAUCCCAAUGGGAACUAAACAAAACAAUUUAAUCAACAAAUAAAAGUUUAGAAAAACAUUUUUCUUAGUCUUCGUCACAGUCAUCAUCAUUAUCAUCGUCGUCAACAUCAUGAUUGUCUUUAUAGUGCAGUGUCAUAGCACUAAGAGUUAAUAAUCGUAUCCAAUCGGUCGACUCAUUUCACUGUCUCUUGCCUUGUUUUUUAGAGAAACUAAACGACCGGUCAAGAGGAAGUAGAGAGGAACAACUACGAUCACCUGAAGACUCUACAAAACUGCGGAAGACUUCAGGGACGUCAGCUCGAAAGAAUGACAACUCGGAGAUAAGAGAUGAAAAAACUUCACCUAGGAAAAAAGAAAUGUCUGUUACAGCAGUUAGUAGGAAAAAGACCCCUGAGGUAAAGAAAGAAGACAAAGAACCUUUGUUCAAUAAUAUAGACCACAACGGGUCAUCUGGUCAUAGAACUAGCGAUGAAAGUACAGACACCGAUGAAAAACUCGGUUCAAGUACCGAUGAUUUAUUAAACGACGACAAUGCGACAAAUAAGCGAAUUGCUGAAGAAAACGAAAAAAGGUCGAGCUCGCCUGAGAGAAGGACUAGUGUAACCCCAGGUUCUGGUAAUGAUAUCCGACGUACAAGUGUUUCGGAUCCUGAAAAACGUUCAAGUGUGUGUGAAGGCUUUCCAGGGUUUCCAAACAAGAAAAUGAUGUUAUCUAUGCUUUACGGACAACAAAAAUCGACGGACGAAUCGGACCGUAAAAUUAGUGAUCCCAGUUUGCAAGUAGGUGACUCUGUUCAUGAGCGAAAGCAACAAUUGUUAUCUGUUGGAGACAAUGAUGAAGGAGAUCAUAAACCGAAGGAAACGCUGGCCGUUGAAAAUUUAGUUUCCGAUGCAGUGAAAAGGUUGAGCGGAUGUCCUGAGGUGGACGAAGAGAACGAAGGACCGUCAAGUGUUCCUGAGGGUGAUUUUGAAGGAUUGUUAGAUAAGGCAAAGGCUAAAUUAAUGAAGCAACCGUCUGAUGAUAAACCAGACCCGGCCGCAGAGGAGGAAGCCAGACGCCAGGAAGAACUUCGGAGAAGGCAAGAAGAAGAACGCCGUAAACAAGAAGAAGAAGCCGCGAGGAAGGCAGCGGAAGAAGCCACACGUUUAAAAGAGCUUGAAUGGGAAAGAAUGAUAGUCCUAAAACGUAAACUCAUUGUAAAUGACUUUAAUUUCACCGAGUUAGAAAACGAUGAAGACGAUCUUCUUGAUUCUGCAUCUACUGAUGAAACUGAUGCACAUCACCACCCCCAUGGGGGAGUUCCAGUGUUUGGAAUUCCUCCCCCACCUCCUAUGCCUGGCGGUCCUCCCCCACCUCCCCCACCCCCUGGUGGUGUAGGUCCGCCUCCCCCUCCGCCCGGACCACCAAAAUUGCCGUCAUUGAAUGACGCUAAUCCGAAGAAAAAGUUAGUUCGUUUGUUUUGGCAAGAGGUGAAAAACUCGCCACUUAUAAAUGGCGUAAACAAGACAAUUUGGGGAAGUAUUGACACUGUGGAUAUUGAUACCAAGAAACUUGAACAUUUGUUUGAGAACAAAACUGUUUCAAAGAUUAAGGUAAGAGCAUUUGCCGUCAUUUUGUUUUCAUAUUUGUUCUGACUUAGUGGGAGUAAUGAGGCUGAGGUCCGUUUUAGGCGUCAAAUUUCCCACGUUCCGAACGUAGUGUAAAUACUUAAGAAAAGGUGUUUUUUAGCGACGCACCUAGGACUUUUACGCUUUUAUUAUGCAUUGAUGCUACCAAAUUUGCAUUGCGAAGCGUCUUUACUUUAAAAGAAACGGUUUGCCCAAUCAUUUUGACAAAAUCACUGCCCAAGAAAGCAAAAAGCCCACCUCCGUUGACGUGCGUCGCUCAAAAACGUCUUUGCUUAGGCUCACUAAUGACAUAGAUGAAUGGACUUAGGACGUAAGCAUUAGAAAAGGAGCAUUUUCGACGUCAAAAAAGGACCUGAAACUUGCUUUCCAAAGAACCCUUGCUUACUUAGUUUUGAUAACUUAUCUCUUUUAUUUAUUUAUUUGUUUAUCUUGUGAGUAGCUGUAUCCACUCUUUGAACAACUACUGCCUGGACAACAAGGCGACGCACUUUCGAUCUGGAGGUCUCGGUUCGAACCGUGCCGUUCCCGAGGCGUUUUUUUCUUUGGGCGCUUUCCAUUUGUCAGAACCGACCGGCCAGCCCAUUCCCAUGACAUCGUAAUAAGAAUUUCACUUUUAAUCAAAACUAACUAUCCAGAUCAGUCAAAUCGUAAACGUUAUGCACUAAGGUGAUGGUUUUUCAGCAAAACCUCUUGCAAAAAAACCUAUUUCAUUGCCAAAAUGUCUGGUUUGGCCAUGGUCCGGCCGGCCAGUUCUGACUUUUGGAAAUCGUCCGUAGACUCUGUUUACUAAAGUCCACGAAUGGGUAUUGGUGACAUUCCUGGGUUAGACUCAACAUCCCAUCCGGGGGGUGGUAAUAGGCUUAGCCUGAGACCAGGCUAUAACAGGCUGAAUUAGCAAAAACAACUCAACGCCAAAUGAGAACUCGAACGCGCGCUGAAAGGACUGAACGCGACUUCCGGCGUUAAAUUGCCGGUCUGCUAUUGGUCAAGUCGGUGUUCAUGUUGGCUUUGCUAAAGCUGCGUAAUAUUUCCACCAGGUGCUUCAUGGCACGAAGGAUUCGUGGUUUGUGCUAGGCGUUGUACAAGUCUAACUCUCGCCCUCGUGGUAAAUGAGUAAUGUAUUCCGUACCAUUUGGGUCGACUUCCAGGCAGGUAGCUAAAAGAUUUAUUGAAACACUUUUUUCUUUUUUUAUUCCGUUGUAGAAGAGUGAAAUAGAAGACAAAGACAAGAAAAAGGAGAUAGUCGUGCUUGAAAUGAAACGCUCUCAAGCAAUCAACAUUGGUUUGACAAAGCUUCCACCGAUCAGAACAUUGAAGCAAGCUAUCCUAAACAUGGACAAUGCAGUGAUUGACAGAGAGGGAAUUGACGUAAGUACAGCUAGUCGUUAGUCUACAUUGUAGUCUCAUACUUAGACCUUGUUUGUCCUUGUCACGCAAUGCUAAGGAGGAUUGCGUGACGAACCAUGAAAAUGUUUACGUAGGAGGCUACAGCUGUUCUUGUUGUUAAGAGCUGUCAUAAGCAACCACGACGGCGACAACGGCCAAAUCUUAGCUUCAAAAAGAGAAAAAUAAUUGCUGUCUUGUGUACGAAAAUGUCACAAAAGUGCGAUGCUCUUGCAGAGCUGUUGUUUUUCUUUAAACCUGUUGUACUUUAUUUUCUAUCAAAGAGUAGAGUUGUUAGCUUCUAGACGUAUCAAGCUGAUUUAGCAACAGAACGGGAACGUCAUUUGACGACGGGAAAGCGCGCGGAAAGGACUAAACACGACUUCCGGUACCCAAUUUGUCGCUCAACGAUUGUUCAAGCCAAUUAUUUGAUUUGCUCGCGCCGUCGUCAACUGACGUUCUCCUACUGCUGCUAAAUCAGCCUAUUAAAAGUGGAAAGACCUCACUUCCGUUUGACGUCACACGUGCGUCGCUCCCAAGUAUAUAGCCUGCAGUGCAGACGUUUUCUUCGGGCGCACGAAUGUUUUGCUCGCGAAAGCGCCAUGUUGAAAUUCAAAAGUGAGAGGAGAAAUGGAGCGAAUUUUUUUCUCCACUCUCCCUCCCCCUUUUCCUUCUUUCGCCCUAGCACCUUCCCCAAGGGUUACUAUUCUUACUGUCCCUAAUCUUCCUCCGUCAUAACAUCAAAGAUGGCGGUUACAACAGUACGAACAUAAGCAAGCAGCUCCCGCCCGCCCAAAAUACGCCUGCACUGCAGGCUACCAAGUAUAUUAAUGACCCACCCUUCCCUGUAUAAGCCUUCAUUGCAGUCACCAAUUGUCCUUUUUAAAAACUACAUUCACGCAGACGAUCAAUGCGAGAGUAACAAAAAUAAAUAUCAUGAGAUAUUCGCAAGACGUUCUUGUUUCUUUUGACUUCAGAUAGAUUUUGAUGGUUUGCGAAUUUUUUGGCUUGUUUCAGAAAUUGCUUCAGCUGCAACCAACAAUGGAAGAAAAAACCAAGAUACAGGAAGCGCAGAUGUCAAAUCCAGACAUUCCUCUGGGAACAGCAGAACAAUUUUUGUUGACCAUGUCCUCUAUUAACGAGUUAACUCCACGCCUUCAUUUGUGGUCCUUUAAACUGGAUUAUGACCAGCUGGAAAGGGUGAGCCUGUAGACGGUUUGGUAGAUUGUGGCCUUGUUUAUGUGGUUCCCCCCUUCCCCCAUCCCCUUCUCUCGUUAUUCGUGGGGAGCACGUUGUCGCACAGUGGCGAGAGUGAUCGUCUUUCACCCAUGUGGCCCAGUCAUGCUUUCCCCUGCCCUCAAAACAAAUUCCAAUUCGAUAUGGAACGCUCGUAAACAUUAAAACGAUUUUUUGGAGUGUUUCAAUUUUGUUUCCCGAUUUCGUUUACUUGAGAUGUGUAGCCGCUCUAGAAGAAGGGUGUANUGAUGGUUUGCGAAUUUUUUGGCUUGUUUCAGAAAUUGCUUCAGCUGCAACCAACAAUGGAAGAAAAAACCAAGAUACAGGAAGCGCAGAUGUCAAAUCCAGACAUUCCUCUGGGAACAGCAGAACAAUUUUUGUUGACCAUGUCCUCUAUUAACGAGUUAACUCCACGCCUUCAUUUGUGGUCCUUUAAACUGGAUUAUGACCAGCUGGAAAGGGUGAGCCUGUAGACGGUUUGGUAGAUUGUGGCCUUGUUUAUGUGGUUCCCCCCUUCCCCCAUCCCCUUCUCUCGUUAUUCGUGGGGAGCACGUUGUCGCACAGUGGCGAGAGUGAUCGUCUUUCACCCAUGUGGCCCAGUCAUGCUUUCCCCUGCCCUCAAAACAAAUUCCAAUUCGAUAUGGAACGCUCGUAAACAUUAAAACGAUUUUUUGGAGUGUUUCAAUUUUGUUUCCCGAUUUCGUUUACUUGAGAUGUGUAGCCGCUCUAGAAGAAGGGUGUACCGAAAAAGGUUUUACUUCCCUCUGAGGGUGAUGUAGCGGGAUCAGGUUACAUUAAAAUCGCGCCAGAUGAUAAAUACUCAGAAAAUGAAAUGGUAAAGUUUUCUACCCAGGUGGGUUGGUGCGAACGGGACACAAAGGCCCACGCGAGGUAAAAUAUGGGUAUAAUAUAGUGAAGCUACGGAAAAUUCUGUGUUAAAAGUCUAAGAUCUGUAGCAGGAACAGGUUCUUGCAAGCGUCCAAGUACAUGGUGUUAAAAGUUGAUUGCAAAUGGUCACAGAAAGUUUUUUUUAAAAAAAAACAAAGUGCUCGAAAGACUGAGGAACAGAGAAACUUUUAAGAGGAGCCAAACUGCAAAUACAGUUCCACAAUUCAACUAUAUGAUUAAAGUACGAGGCCAGAAAGGUGUUAAAUUAAUAGGGGACAAUACUUUCUUCAAUUGUGAAAAAGACAAGUUCAGACCGACUUAUAAUCAGUUAUCUCGGCCCACGUUUUUCCUAUUAUACAUUCUCACAUUUCACCUUCUGCUCAUUCGUGCUUGCUUAUCGUCGGGCGAUGACAUUGAAGGCUUGUUGAACAGAGAGAAUAUCUUUAUACUCAUGAGUAACAAAACCUUUUUCUUUUCGUAGGAAGUAGCAGAACCUCUUAUGGACCUAAAAGAAUCUAUACGGGAAUUGCAGAACAAUGAAACUUUUAAGCACAUCUUGGCAACUCUUCUGGCCAUUGGAAAUUUUCUUAACGGGAAGAAGGUUCGUGCAUCAACCAUAGUUUAUACAGCUACAUAUUCUUACGAUACCUUCUGUUACCAGUGUAGAGCUCGGAAGGUCACUGAGAAAUAGGGCGAUUCUUAAGAGAUUUGUUUUGUAUUUAAAAGGGACAAAAGGGCGAAAAAUCCAUUGUGCUUAAUCCACCAAACAAAACCCAAUCAUAUCCUAGGAAUGUAUUAUUGUCCUCACAAAAAGCGUUGGUGUGCCAGAUUAAUAAUGUGAUUUUUGAGUUACGUUGUCAGUAUGGAAUUUUCGAGGCCAAAACCGUUGCCGAGAUCGCGGUUCGAGCAAUUGAUGUCUCAGUUAGAAGAUCAGCCCGUCUUCUCAUAUAAACACACCAAAAUCGUGAGAGCACAUACGACAUGAGCUGAGCCAACGACCUGGCUAACUAACUAACUCUAAAGAAAUGCGAACUAAUCAGAAAGGCCGUUGUAUUUCAGGUAAAGGGUUUUCAGUUAGACUACCUGGCAAAGGUGCCGGAAGUGAAGGACACUGUACACAAGCAAUCAUUAUUAUAUCACUUGUGCUGUAUGGUGAUGGAGAAGUUUCCAAACUCUUCUGAUUUUUACAGUGAUUUGGGCGCCUUACAUCGAUCGUCCAGGGUAAUGUGGAUGUUCAGUCCUAGUAAUAUAAUUGUCUAUUAUUUAAAGAUCAAGUGCAAUGAUUUACUACAGAACCACGAAUUUUGCCAGCAGGUUAAAAGUUUAAAAGUUCAGCGAAUUUGUUUUUGCAAAACAGUAGUAGAGACAGAAAAGAAAUUAACAUAACGAUCGGAUGAGAUUUAACUGAAACUAUGAUCUAUUUUUAGGAUCGUGCGGCUUUUCUGUGCGCUUCACUUAAUCUUGAGUUAGCUACCAACCUGAGACUUCGUUUUUCUAUCAAUCCACGUUGCCAAAUGACCUCCUUUGAUUCAUUACAAUUCGUACUUGGCCCCGAGGCAAAACAAAAGAAAUAGUCUUGAAGUUUAGUGAUAAGUAAUACGAUUCUUUUAUUUUAUCCCCCCUAGCCUCGCAGCCUUGAAAAAUUUCAUGUAUAUCAAGAUUAAUUUAGUUGAUCUUGUUCGUUGGCACUCUGGUGGCAUUCCAAUUAAUUCUCUUUCUGUUAUGAUCGACCAGAAUAGUCUCAGGCCCGGUUCAGACUCCGCUCCACUCAUAUAAGUAGGGCAAGAGAGCGUCGUCUGAAUCAAUUUGGUACGGCAGUUUUACUCUGUCAAACUUUUGUCGAACUUAACUUAGGCUUAGACACACGGUGCGCCGUCCGAAUCAGAUGUAGCGCCAGUGUCGCUCUAAAGUCGAACUUAUUCAGUUAGGUUUGGCACAUGAAAAGUACUGCGUUUGAACCAGGCCUCACUUAACUGGUUUAAGACAGCCGUUUGUUUACCGCUUCUGAAAAGCAAAUUUCACUUUUUUUUCUUUAUGACCGCUCACCCCUUUUCUUUCUACUUUACUUACAACCCUUGAGUUAGAAACUUAUUCCAACGUUAAUCUUUUAAUGAUGAACUUUCAGGUGGAUUUUGACGUCGUGCUUGACAAUUUAAAGAAGUUACGUGAGAAUUGCAAAAAGUCGUGGGAGUACUUAAGCAUUGUUGCUAAACAUGAUAGCGCCAAACAGUUCAAGAGCAAGUGAGUACCUAACUAAACUGGUCUUAAAUUAAAACAACUGUUUUCGUUGCCAGGCGUCUCUGUAGUUGUGCGGGGCGCAAAGGAGGGCGCGAUUGUGAAAGAUGUUUUCCAGUUCUGGUUCCUCCUUCCUAAGAUACCUGGCACAACGCGAGAUUCCAGUCGCUCGCUUGCACCGUCCCGCGCGAUCAAGCAAAAACCUUGCAGAGGGUACUAUUCAAUCCAAAUGGGAUUAAAUUAUACUUACAGUAAUGAUAGCCAUAUGCUUUUAUGCUGGACUGGACUUCUGAACUGUUUUCAAGUUUUACGUGGUUAUCCGAGUCAUGCGAACCGGUGCAACCUGUAUGCAGGUUUUAUUAUAGCAAACGCUCAGUGUUGAUUCGACAGGAAUUCAUUCAUCCCAUUUCCUGGAUAAAAUCGAAACAUGUUAAUGGAGUUUUAACCUUAUUUUUGGUGCUGAUGGAAAAAGGCAUAGAUUUUUUUCGGUGCUGGUGGAAAAAGAGCUUAGAUUCUUGGUGAGAAUAUUGAGAAUAUUAAUACUUAAUAUUAUUUCGCAGAAUCGCACCAACAAAUGGAAUAAGCGAAUCAUCUUAUGCGUAAGGAACUAUCAUAUUUGUCAUUUAAAAGGAGUUAGACUAGUGUGAACUUAAUAAUUUAAUUGUUGUUCUUUUGCCAGAAUGAGCGAAUUCUUAGCCGAUGCGCAGGAACGAAGCACGAUUCUCAAGGUCGUCCACAGACGUGUAAUGAACAGGUCAGUGGUCUUAGACGAGAAUUUCCGAACAAUGCUCGAAAGAUUCCGAAAGGGCCCGAAAUUUUUCCUGGACGUGUCUCAUGCUUAUACCAGAUCAUUGUUUUAUUUAUUCGUAGAUUCCGCAAGAUGUUGUUGUACUUAGGACUACAGACAAGUGCAGUUAAUAACACAAAGGUAAAAUUAAAUUAAGAAUUAGUUAUACGAAGUUUGAGAGCCCUGUGAACGGAUCUAGAAACUUGUGACCCCAAAGGUUCCACAAAACUUUGGGACCGCAGUUGGUACCCAGUCUCCCUCAAUUUGUACAGUGGAGAAUACCGUUUUUAUAUUAAUCUUGUUUUUGCCAGGUCAACGAGUUUUGCAAGAUUAUAAGCGAGUUUUCCUUGGAGUACCGAACGACCAGAGAACGAGUGAUUCAAAUGAAGAAAAAGAAAGAAAACAUGAGGGAGAGAAGCAAAACGAGAGGAAAACUUAUCACGGAAACAGAGGUAACGGCAAACGAUAUUUGAGAUUAGUAAUAAGCAAUUGUUUCACCCACGUUGCUGCAAAAUGCUGGGGAGCUUAUUAAGUUCUAGUAUUUGUAUAAUCGUUGGCAUCGCCCAAGUUGUUGUGAGACAAUCAUAUGAAAACACCUUGACCUUUGAUGCGAUCCGGGACGAUUCAGACGGUUGGGUGGUCGCAAGUCUCGCACAAUCGAGGCGAUUGAGACGGCCCGGAAGAUUAUUGACAUAAUCUGUAAAGUUAUUUGAAUAAAAAUUCAUUUAGUGUUCUUUUCCUUGUUACACACAGUCCUACUCGGCGGCAGCGAAAGUUUCCUCCGAGGAGAACAUUGACGCUUUCCGCCGAGCGCUUAUCUCUAAUGGAGACGACACGGAUAGUGCAAGAGAAAAGUUAAAAAGCGCAACACUACCAGGAAUUCGAAGUAGAGGAAAAAGCGCCGGGCCAUCACGUAACGACACGAUGAUGCAUUCACAAGAUGAAUUCCCCGAUGACAACACAGAUGAAGUCAUUAACACGCUGGCCAAAUCUGCUACUGUACCAGACUCAAGAACACGAGUGCGCAAGCGUAAUAGGGCCACCAAUAGGAAGUCAGGUUAGUGUUAUCAGAAGCUCCCAGGGAAAAGUGGCCAAAGUCAGAAUUUCCAAUUAAGAAAUUUCCAAAUUUCUUUUUGUGAAAUACUGAAAACAAAUAACAUUACGUGAAAGAACUGGCAAGGAGAAUUCGUUUGAAUGGUCACACCGUAGUGUUUCGUCCACAGACUCCAAAGUGAAAACCACCUUACCGGGUUUCAUUCACUAAGUCUGCAGAGCAGGCGCUAUUUGUUCGCGUUUUUCGGGCAAACGAAGCACGAAGCGGGCGUAGAGCGCGAGACACGCGCGACGGGAGAACGUGCGGAAAAUUUUUCUCUGUGCCUUCCCUGUCGUGUGUCUGGCGAUCUUCGCUCGCUUCAAGCGUGCCUUCGCUCGCCUGAAGAACGAGAAAAAACUAAGGCCGCCCUGUUCUACAGGCCGGGUACACUGUGAGAGUAACCCUAACCCAGACCUUUCGUUUGACCGCCCGCGUGUUCUUGGCCAAGUUAAGACAAACAGCACUUCUUGAUUUUCUCUGGAAAAUGGAAAGAAUGUCAGUUGAUUUCAAGGUCCAGUGUUUAAUUUUUAUAUAACGUUUGUCAUUUGUUCUUGUUGUAGUUCGAAGAACGUUGAAAAGCGGUAUCAGCCCGGAAGACAUGGAAAAACUUACCAAGCAGGUUAAUAUUUUGGAUAGCAAAUGACGCUUGUCGACUUAACUUAAUAUACAGAAUUUAUCGUAAUUAUAUUUUAUACAAAGAAAUAGUUCUAUGUGAUAUUUUAUUCCAAAGAAAGUCUGUUCUAAACAGGCUGGAUGGUCGACUGGCGUGUUCUAUAGUUCCUCAAGCCUGAGACCAAAUUUGGAUAUUUGUAAAUAAACUGUAAUUUUUUAGGACCUUGUAAAUUUAAUGUUUUUCCACGCUGCUUUUGAUACCAAGAAACGGCAGUCGAUUGCCAAAUUUACUGUAUAUUUUAUAGUUACGAAAUUGUUUCUCGUUAGGUAGAGUUUUAACAUGUAAUAUAUUUUUCUCAUCCGGAGGGUCAGAUAAACCUUGGAGUAUUUUGAAAGGCAAUAGAUUCUCGGCUUUCCGGAUUGCAGUUACCCGUGAUUGUGGUGCGAUCAUAUUUGUUUGUUUAACAUCGACGCGCGCAGAUUUUCAAAAGUUUUAACGAUACCAGGCUGUGGUUGUUCAAGGCGAUGAACUCAUCAACCGUCACUCUCUGUAAUUCAUGAAAGACCAAUAUCAAAUUUUAUUUUGUAGCAUGUAAAAAAAAAACAGUUAUCUGGGCAUAUGAUCAGUUUAAGACACGGAAGUUUUCGUAGGAACUUAUUCACUGGUUAUCGGACGGGGGAGUGCACAAGAUGGCGAUAUAUCCACGAUCAGAUAUAACAGCCCAAUUAGCUCCAUUUAUUUCAGCGAAAAAAAAAACUGCCCACACGUACGAUUUCCUCCAUGUGUGAUUUUGGUGGGGAUGGGACGAAACAGUUUUCUUUGCUAAAACUGAGGCCCGUUUCAAACGUCGAAGUAUGCAUAUGUGGAGUUCGACAAACGCUUGAAACGUGCGGUAAUCUGUAUUACCGCCGUUUUCCGCCAGCGAGCAGCCAAGUCUGGGUGACUAUAAUCAUUUUCUUGGAUUUGUUGUACACGAUUUAGUAAAUUUUAAAUUUUGAUUGCGUAUUGAAAGUCCUUUGUAAUUUAUUUAUGUCCUUCAGAAGAGUUUGUUGUUUCGCUUUAAUUCGCGGGUAGCAAGGAUAGUUUAUAGAGGGUAUCUUGUAACUGUACCACAGGGAGUCCAUUUCAUAUCAUCCAUAUUUAUACCUCAAGGCUUUUAUUUUGUUAAGUGCAGCAAGGAGACAAUUUAUAAAAAAUAAUGUAAUCCUUCGCAGUUCGUCUUUAGAGUCAACUUGUGCAAUUGCAUACGGCGAAUAAAGGAGGAGUGCUCGUGAUUUCCUUUCAGUUCGGUUUUCCAAUACCCCGGGGUACUGGAUUUGGGUGGAACAGGAAACACGGGUAAAAUUGGCGGGAAAGAAAGAUUCCGAUGGGCAAUUGCUUUGCCUUUCAUGGAAGUCUCUUCGCUCCACCGAUUUCAGUGCUUUUUUAUCACUCUGACUAAGUGUCUCUGUGUGUCCGAGGUUGCUUGAGAUUUUGGCUUCUGCAUAAGGAACCAAUGAGCCAUAUUUUAAUGCCCUAUUUACGUCAAACUUGUUGUCAAUUUGUUAUUUAUAUUUUUCAAUAUUUCCGAAACCACAUGAAGAAGCCCUAUAAAAUCUCUGCCGGCAAGGUUUUAAGUUCUUAACACAAGGGUUCAAUUUAGACUUAUCUUAUGUGAGUUGGGACUCUUAGAUAAUCAGCUUUACUCUGUUUUGGUAAUGGACUUGCUGAAUAACUUGAAUUGGCUUUUUCCAUGUUUUGAAACUCCUCACUUUGACUAUGGGGCCGAGUGCAAAACCGAAAUGGUCCGUUCCAUUUGAUUUCUAACCGAAAUUUCCGGAAUUUUGGGCUGAAUGGAAAGCGUCCCCCCUUUUUUCGGAAAUUGAAGACAAUCGCUUUGGCCAGUUUUUAAAAACAGGCUAUCUUAAAGACCAAUCAGAACUUGUCAAGCGCGGGAAACCACGUGUCAGCAAGUCGCAUUUGAUUGAUUGAGAAAAUGAGACGAUGUCUUCUUAACCAGUCAUAUAAAAGCUUACUAAAUACUUGAUUAAGACCCGCUCUUUUGAUCCCUCUCUUUGAUAUCAGAGACAAACUCUGAGUCCCAUUUAACCUUUGAUCGGAAUUUUUUCUGUAGCGCCGAGCACUUUUUAACAGUUGUUUUCCUCUUAAAAAAUUUAUGAAAAGUUAUCAUUACACCCAGGGGGGUUUAUGA